AACUUUUGACCUUAUUUAAGUAGUUUGUACUUUCAUUUACAUCACUUUAUUGUGGCUUUAUAUCUUUGUUUUUAAGGUUUUGUUUUUGAGUUUGGGAGGUUUUUGUGUUCAAUUUUAAAUUUCAGCAGACAAGGAGGAAAAGAAAAACAAGGAGCUAUGAGUGGUUAUGACUGGAUGUCCCAACUGCCAACCGAKCUUCAUACCAUUCCUCUUUAUAAACUCACCAUACCAGGAAGCCAUGAUUCAAUGAGCUAUGACUUAGACAUCAACUCCACAAUUAUAGAGCCUGCAAGACUGACAAGAUUUAGCAAGAUUUGUUGUUUGCGUAGAAUCAUACGCAGAUGGGCAACCACUCAGGAAGUGACCAUCUCAGAACAAUUGAACCAAGGGGUUCGCUACUUCGACCUGAGGAUUGCUCGCAAGCCCAAUGACACUCAUCCCACCAGGCUUUACUUCCACCAUGGACUGUACACUCAGAUGGAUGUAGAAACUGGUCUGAAGAGAAUUAACACAUGGGCAGAGAGGCAUCCCAAAGAAGUCAUCAUCUUGUCUUUAUCCCACUUCCAUGGCUUCGAUAAAAACAAUGGAGCAAACCUUCACAACCACCUCAUCGGAUUUAUUAAAGACUUGUUCGGAGCAAAACUUCUGCCCUUUAUGAAUAACCCUUCCCUCGAGAGCUGUUGGAACCAAGGCAAAAACGUUAUAAUUUCAUACGAUCAUUCAGCRAAUCAACAGCUGUGGAGGAAAAUACCUUAUUUUUAUGGCAACAGUAUGGACCGUGCAAAAAUAACAUCAAAACUCCAAGAAGCUUUGGAAAAGAAAAAACCCUCUGACUAUUUCUUUGUGUGUGGCUUAAAUCCCACUCUGCCCCAUGAUGUCAGGAUCUUCAAGUACAUCCUUCGCCUGUGUGACAGUUUCCCCAAAGUCAUCCGCAGGAGUUUGGUGAAGCUGCUGCCAUGGGUGAACCAGCAACAUGAAAAAACUCCUAUGAACAUUGUCGCCUCUGAUGUGGUGACGAGAGACGACUUUGUCCCAACAAUCGUGAAGCUUAAUUUAAAACAAAAAUGAAAAUGUUUCAGUCUCCUUUACUGCUCUUAAACCUCUGGGUGGAUAUAUUACCUGAGGCUUAAGAGGAUUGUUGUAUAGAUUGUUGAAUUUAUUUUAUUUUAAGUUUUGCAAUUAUAAAUUUCCUACCGUAAAUAUUAAAC